CCCGUUGUCCAGUGACUCUUGCAGGUGCGGGUGUCCAGUAGAGUAGAAUCAGCACAGAUAGUGAGCGUGGAGGAAAAACAAGUGGACAUAGGUCUACACUGGAAUACAACUUAAACCAACGUUCGUGUAGCCUACUUUUUCUGCAAUGGCUGAUUAUCAUUUAUAUUAUAACGAUUCAGCUGCGCUUGGGAACCGUUUCGCCCGCAAAGGUGCUCUGCGGCAGAAAAACGUGCAUGAAGUCAAAAAUCACAAAUUUACUGCCAGGUUUUUCAAGCAACCGACAUUCUGCAGUCAUUGCACAGACUUUAUAUGGGGAUUUGGGAAGCAGGGAUUCCAGUGCCAAGUGUGCUGUUUUGUGGUCCACAAAAGGUGCCAUGAGUUCGUCACCUUCUCCUGCCCUGGAGCCGACAAAGGCCCUGAUACGGAUGACCCGAGAAGCAAACACAAGUUUAAGAUCCACACGUACGGCAGUCCGACAUUCUGCGACCACUGUGGCUCCCUGCUCUACGGACUCAUCCACCAGGGGAUGAAGUGCGACACCUGCGACAUGAACGUGCACAAUCAGUGUGUGAUGAACGUGCCGAGUCUGUGUGGGACGGACCACACCGAGCGCCGAGGACGCAUCUUCCUCAAGAUAGAAGUCAGCGGAGAUCGACUACAUGUCACAGUGGGUGAAGCCAGAAAUCUAAUCCCCAUGGACCCUAAUGGUCUGUCCGACCCCUACGUGAAGCUCAAACUCAUUCCGGACCCCAAGAACGAGACCAAACAGAAGACCAGGACCAUACGUUCUUCGCUCAACCCCACUUGGAACGAAUCCUUCAGCUUUAAACUGAAGGCCAUGGAUAAGGACCGUCGUCUGUCCAUAGAGGUGUGGGACUGGGACCGGACCACCAGGAAUGACUUCAUGGGUUCCAUGUCUUUUGGUGUGUCUGAACUCAUCAAGUCCCCUGUCUGCGGCUGGUACAAGAUGCUGUGCCAGGAAGAAGGGGAGUACUACAACGUUCCCAUCCCUGAGAUGGACGACGUCAACUUGGAGCUCAGGCAGAAGUUUGAGGCCUGCCAAUUAAACCACUACCUCAAGAAAGCCAAGUUGGGUCACGGAAAGAAAGUGAUCACGCCCUCGGACCACAGGCGGUUCAGUUCAGACAGGACAACUCCCGGGACAGACCGAGUCCGGCUCAGUGACUUCCACUUUCUGGCUCUCCUAGGGAAGGGCAGCUUCGGCAAGGUGAUGCUGGCAGAGAUGAAGUCCACAGAGGAGCUGUACGCCAUCAAGAUCCUGAAGAAGGACGUGGUGAUCCAGGAUGAUGAUGUAGAGUGUACCAUGGUGGAGAAGAGGGUCCUGGCUCAAAGAGACAAACCACCCUUCCUGACAGCGCUUCACUCCUGCUUCCAGACCGUGGAUCGUCUGUACUUUGUGAUGGAGUAUAUUAACGGAGGGGAUCUUAUGUACCACAUCCAACGUGUGGGCAAAUUCAAGGAGCCACAGGCAGUGUUCUACGCUGCAGAAAUUGCUGUGGGCCUUUUCUUCUUGCACAGGAAGGGCAUUGUGUACAGGGACCUGAAACUGGACAAUGUGAUGCUGGACUCUGAGGGCCACAUUAAGAUUGCCGACUUUGGCAUGUGUAAGGAGAACAUGUAUGAAGGCAUGGUCACACGUACCUUCUGUGGGACCCCUGACUACAUUGCUCCAGAGAUCAUUGCUUAUCAGCCCUAUGGGAAAUCAGUGGAUUGGUGGGCCUAUGGUGUUCUCCUGUAUGAGAUGCUAGCAGGACAGCCACCGUUCGAUGGCGAGGAUGAGGAUGAGUUGUUCCAGUCGAUCAUGGAGCACAAUGUGUCCUACCCCAAAGCCAUGUCUAAAGAAGCCGUCGUAAUCUGCAAGGGAUUGAUGACCAAGCAUCCAUCCAAGCGUCUGGGCUGUGGUCCGGAGGGUGAAAGAGACAUUCGGGAACAGGCCUUCUUCAGACGCAUCGACUGGGACCGCCUAGCAAACAGAGAAAUCCAGCCGCCAUUCAAGCCUAAAACGGGUGGCAAAGGGGCAGAAAACUUUGACAAGUUCUUCACGCGCACCCAGCCCAUGUUGACUCCCCCAGACCAGCUAGUGAUCUCCAACAUCGACCAGAGCGACUUUGCUGGCUUCUCCUACAUCAACACACAGUUUGUCCACCCUUCCCUCCUGCACAGUGUGGUAUGAGGAGAGGAGGAGACCGAGAGCCACGUGGACUGGGACUGGAACCUUCCGGAUCAACCAUCCAUCCCUCAUUGUCCCUUUGUAGAAGAGGCUAAUAUUAACUUCAUUUAUUCUAUGGACUUGAGUUGGCAAAAUUGUGGAAACAACAAACGAUCUUGGUUGGAAAUAUGACUGACCCGAGUGAGGGAAGGAGGCUGUCGAUGGCAGUAAUUACGGGCGUAUAGAUUUUAGAAGUAAGCCUGCUACAUUACAGUGAGGGGUGAAAUAAACUGCACUCUUCCACAUGGGACUCCUUAUUUCCAUAACCCACUGGGUUUCAUGGUUUCCACAGUUCCAGAACUUACUGAUUGUUACAGAUGGUACUUUUUUAGUCCCACUGGGUUACGCUAUAACCUCCCCCAGCAGUCCUGUCUGAAAGUUUUCUGUGGGAUUCCUCAGUGUGUUGCUUCUGAUAGAGAACUCCCUCCAGUCGCCAUGUGAUGAUGAGCUAUGAUGCAUUAUGGGAGGCACUUUGUAUUACUGUCCUGUCUCUCCUUUUCUCUCUGUAAUGUACCUACUAUACUGUACUGCCAUUUCUAAACUGUCUGCCACACAUUAUAUAUUAUAUUUAUAUACUGUACCUAGAGAUAUAAAAUUGUCUACCAUUACACGAGUGCCAAAAUAGAUUAAAUAAAAUUUUAUUACAGUGCAUAUCUAUAUGAAAAUAUAUUAUCUACAGUAUCUGUUUAUAUCUGAAUUCCUAUAGUCAACUAUAAUGUUUUUUCGGUGUAGCAAUAUGUGUGAACCCUUCUGAUGGUGUCAGCAUGCUAAACUAAGCUCAACACAGUGUUUCUCUGGAAGUGUUAUUCAUUUUUGCCAAACCGUUAGCAAUUGUCUACAAAAACGUCAUAAUACUCAUAUACCUGUCUAACCUAGGAUGUUGGAGAAUCUACAAGCAAAGCUACAUUGAGUAGAGGGUUCUGUUCCGCAUGGGGUUUUGCAACAACUUGUAUUCUGGACUUCUUCAGAGGGUGAGAAAUCUAGAACUGAUAUUUAUGAAGGAAUCUUUCUCAAAUGUUCUACUUAAAAUACUAUUUCCAUAUGCACAAUGCAGUACUCGUUGCAUGGUUAUUUUCUGACUAUGAAUACGCGCUAGCUGAUUUUCUAGGGGAUAUGAUAUUUAUCAUUCUAAAACCAAGUAUUAGGAAAUGUGUUUAUUAUGUAAUUUCUCUGUUUGAACGUCCUACAAUUCAGAUGAAUUAUUUUUGAUUGUUACAUAGUAAACAUACUGUAUGUUUGGUUUUUAAUGUUUCUGUCCAGAGAAAUGUUUUGUUUACCCUAUAUGUCGACAAUUUUGUAAAUAUGGAAAGAGCUGUUUCAAAUAAGUGAUUAUUUGCGGGUUUUAUAACACACUGAAUGUGCUUUUACUACCACUGGUUAAACAUGUAUAUGUUUAGAUGACUAUCGGUAUCCCAAAAACAGACAACAUUUGGCUGAAUCUUUGGUAGAUUUGUUAUCAGCAAAACCUUGUGAUAUGUAUUUCCUCUAUUUAUCCACCGUCUGUUUUUUUUUACAAUUGAAAUAUGCAGUAUCUACAUGUGUGUGACUGUGGUGUGUGGUGCCUAAUUGAAUGCACUCCUACACCUAAUUUUAUUCCUAGAAUUGGUUCCUCUUCUCUCAGCGGCUAUAGUGUGUUUUCUGGCUUUCACUUUGUGCAUGUGAGGGUUCGGCCUGAUCUAAGCAUGAGAGAAGGCAUGAUGCAUGAGAGAAGGCAUGAUGCAUGAGAGAAGGCAUGAUAUAGAGCAUGACAUUCAUAUGCCAGCAACCAUCGCAAGAUGAGACACACCGCCUGUCUCCAUGUACAUGUUUUUCUGUUGUCCUCUUCUCCCCUUUUUCAUUGGUUUAUCUUAAAGUUCAGUCUGCUGUCUCAACCCUGUUCACUGAAAGACAUAUAUUCAGUCAGAACUCACGUCAAAGGCAUGGACAGAGCCAUCAGAAUUGUCAUUCUGGUUCAACCUGCUCAGACAGAUUUUUUGGGCUAUUACAAACAUUCUUGCGCAUACUCAGUAUCUGUUAGACACACUUUUGUAAGACUUUCUAUAACCCUAUUUUUGGAAAGCAAAUGCAUUUGUAGCAAGUGUUUAGAAAUUACUGUAAAUGUUAAAUGGGGGAUAACUACUGUUUCAUUUGUUACAUUGAUUUAAUCCUACUUUUAAAUUGUCUCGUAUGGACCAAAUGGAACUAGAAGUGAGAGGAAAUUCAUGUUUACAGAAUAUUUGAGAUGAGAAAGGCUACGUAGUAUUUUCAGAACACAUAUUGUCUUAUUUCAAAGCUUUGGAUGAAUAUACAUAGCACUGUCUUUUCUACAUAGAUUAUAGUGGAAAACGCAGUCCAACCAGUUACUUUGUCAGCCCUGUGAAUGACAUGUCUCAUGUUGAGAAUCUAUGUCUGGGAUUUGGGCAGAAACCCUGCAAAUAAUGUAAUUUAAAGAGACAUUCCUGAACUUUGUUGAUUUCAUAAACAUAUUUAAAACCUUCCCACUUUGGUCUGGAGAUAUCAAUAUAUAGUUCAAGCAUGAGCGAUGUGCCAGCCACCUACCAAUUCUACUUCCAGCUAACAGGGAACUGGUUUUGUCUUUUGAAUGCUACUUUCAGAACAACUGGCUAAAAACGUAUGCAAAUCAUCUGGAAAGUUUCUUAAGAAUGAUCUUAACAUACAGUCCUUACUUUAAUCACCAUGACACAAAAGGGCCCACAACACAUUCAUGUUUUGGUGUGGUUUCUUUUAAUUUCACUCUCCUUGCUUUUCUUUGCCAAGUUCUCCUUUGUUUCUCUGUUACCUGUGUAUGAAGGAUACUGUGUAUGAAUAAACUUAUAAAAAUGCAGUC